AUGGCGACAGUCAGGCGAAAAGCAUGCGAAAGGUGCUGGCGAAGAAAGCAGAAAUGCGACAGGCUGCUUCCAACGUGCACAAACUGUGCAGAGGCCAACGCUGCAUGUGCUUCACGCAAUCUGACAUACGCACCCGCGCCCGAUCAGGCUGGCCUUGCCAUCGAACGUGGAGAAAGCUACAUCAGCUCCCUCAAACGAAAAGUCGACCACCUACAGACUUUACAAGCCAACAAGGAAGCGCGUCUGGAAGGGCAAAGUCUCCACCAUGGAUCGCACCCGGAGCUGCUAAUGUCAGAGGAAGACAACCAUGGCACGACCGCCACAAGCCAGGCUGAUCCGAUGGAGAAUCAGCACUCGCGCGAGACUUUGAAUGAGAUCGGAAGUCUUGUAUUGACAGCCAUGGCCGAGCCCGGAGAUCAUGAUAUCAUAUCUGCGUUGUCUACCUCUGCCUUUCUGCGAGCUGAGACCGGCGGGCUCUCGAAGGUGGCCGGCAAUACUAUCACAGAUUUUCUGGAACAAUCUCAGUCCGACAUUAUUUUUCCGCACGAUGCGACCGCACAUUUUCUUGCCCAAUUUCGUGCCUACUUCGACUCGCGUUAUGGUAUCGAUUACGAUGAGCUAGUGAGUGACCACAAGAUGGUCGUGCUGCGUCACAGUGAUCGAGAGGCAGUAGAGGGCGAGGUGUCGUUCUCUUUCGCCUUCGUGUAUCUUGCUGUUGCGAUCGGUAUCCUCGUGACGCCGACAGCCCGUCACCAGCAGAGCCUCGCCACGAAGCUACACCAGGUCGCUACCCAGUUGAUUACCAAAGACGAUUUGGAUCGGUCUCCGCUUGCGGGACUGCGCUGCCUUCUCGCGCUUACGAUAUACGCACUUUACAGCGAUCAUGGAGGAUGUCCGUGGCGUUUGGUAAACAUGGCAGCCCAACAAGCGGUACUCCUGGGCGUGCAUCGGGGCACAACAGCGGAUGGCCCACCUGGUAUAACCACUGCUAGUCGCAGAUUGGUCAUCUCUCUGUAUCUGCUUGAGCGAAGCGUGACCUCGUCCAUGCACCGUCCUUUUGCUCUGCAAGACGAAGACAUCUCUUCUGCCUUCUGGCAUGCAAACGACCAUCAUAACAAGCUAUCUCGAGUAGACAGGAUACACCUUAUCGAUCAAGCUCAACUUAUAUCUUCGAUGCAAGGCGAGCUGCUGUUCCAGUUCAGCAGUUUCAGACACUGGGAGGAAACACUGCCGCUCAACUUUGGCUACGUCGAGUCUUACAGCAAUGAGUCAGUCGAUGCGAACGGCCACCUGCUGCAAUUAUCGUGUCGUACUCUGGUUAGGAUAUCUUUGUCCGACAUACGCGGUGUUCGGCAUUGUAGACUGCACAUGUUUGAGAAUGAAGAGAGUCUUGAGGAACAAACUCUGUCUCGAGCUCGGACUUUUGUUACUCUGUUGCAGAAGCGUCUUGAUGAGGGAACCCUGAUUCCAUGCAGACUGGAUCUUUAUGAUCUUCUCAGCGCUUGUGUUGUGUGUUGUUCGACGGUUGAAGAACCCACAUGCGCCAACCAGCAAGACUUGGUAGAACUUCUGCAUCUGACAUUCGGUGUCUUCAAUGCUAUCGCUGAAGCUUUCGAAGAAGCCAAGUUAUUCAGACGAGCACUGGAGAUGAUUGUUAGUCUCAAAUUUACCGACUCGAGUGUGAUCGGAGUUGGAAGAGCCGAAGACGGCCUUGUCCUUGCCAUGAUCGACACCCCCGGAAAAGUGCCCCGCUUCGUUCGGAAUGCGCUCCACGACAUUCGCGUUUCGGAUAUCCGACGGAACUCUACCGAAGCUCCUCAUCUGCCGCAAGUAGUCAUACCUACAUAUGCUAUGCAACCAAUAUAG